AUGCGAAAAUUAAUAACGACCGUUUUUAAUCGUGAUUGGCACCAUUCAAACCAUCACGUAAUGAUGAUGAUGAUCAAUAGGAUGACUAUUAAAAAACAUAUAUCAAAGAUCACUCAACCAUUUAUUUCCGAAACUCAUUGCAAACGAAAUUUUCAUGCUUCUAGCUCCAUCACUUUAAAUGAAAAGUCCAUUCCGAAUAAUCCCUAUUCUCCCAAAUAUAAUAUUGUUAUUGUGGAUAUUGAAGGAACCUCCACAAAUGUUGGUAUGUGCAGAAUUAUUGAAGUUGCUGGAGCCAGAAUUAUUGAUGGUACUUCUGUGAGCUCGUUUACAAGUCUGGUGAAUGCCGACAUUCCUUUUUUACCAGAACCAAUAGUAGAGAUUACAAAAAUAACCAAAGCCAUGCUCGAUUUGGCACCUCCUCCUCAAAUAGUUAUGUCUCAAUUGUAUAGUUUUUUGAGCUCUCAACCCUCUUUAUUGGUUGGACACAAUGUGAGAUUCGAUGUGAGUGUGAUUUUCAAUGAAUUUGUGAGGCACAAGUUGAUUAAUGCGGAUUCAUCGUUGUCUCAAGUAUAUAACGAUUUUUCAGAACAUCCCUUGUUUGCCAACACGCUUUGUACUUUGAAAUUAGCGAGAAGAGUAUUUCCUGGUCAACCAGAUUACAAAUUAGGAAGCUUGAUUGAAAAUUUAGGAUUGGGACGGGUAUCCAUGGCUCAUAGAGCUCACGCAGAUGUUUCCAUGACAUCAGCAUUAUGGCGAAAAAUUUAUCGUGAAUGUUAUGAUCGAAUGGGAGGUGACGUUGUUCCAGAUCAUGACUUCUUCCUCAAACUUCAAGAAACACCUGCCAAAUCUGUAGAUAAAUUUAUUGAAAUGUACAAAUUGGAGAAGGCUUACAGCAAGUGA